CAUGUCACCCGGCUAUCGUCAGCAGACUGACUCCUCGACCUUCCAACUCUAUCUCUAUUAUCCUUCAUUUCCCCGGCAGCUAAUACUUCGCUUUCGUGCUGGCGGCUUCGCAUCGUUUCUUUGUAUUAUACUUGUCGUCUUGUAAAUAUUGCAGAUAGAUAGCUCUCUUUGAAUCCCAACGUCUCUUAAUCUAUUUUAAUUCACACACGGCGUGUCCAACCAAGAUGGCCGCUAGAAUCGUCCUCCCCGUCAUGGAGGAUAAACGACCAGUACGGAACCGAGCUCGCCGUCGACAUCGACCGCUACUAUACCUCCUCGUUAUCGCUGCAUUUAUCUACGGCCUGUACAACUUUGGGUAUUUAAUCUCGUUCAAGGGCGCAUUUCCAUCGCACAGCAUCGAACACGUCCCAGCCUCCGAUCCCCUCGCCGGCAACACCGCUCAACAUGCCGAACCUGCCGCUACGAGGGCCCUAGUCCCCCUGGAGGCUCACAUAAUCAGCAAGUGCCCAGACACGAGAGACUGCCUCAAGGAGCUGCUACUCCCAGCUAUGAUCCAAGUAUACCAGAAAGUGAAUUUCACCCUUACUUACAUCGGAAUGCCGACCGAGAACGACGGAGUUGAAUGCAAACACGGCCCCGGGGAAUGCAUGGGUAACAUCAUUGAACUCUGUGCUCACCAGCUGUACCCAGACCCCAAGAUAUGGCUCGGGUUCACCAUGUGCUUAACUAAGGAUUAUCGUUCGAUCCCUCAGCGCGAAUUAGUCGAAGAUUGCGCUCUCGAACAUGCCGUCGACUUCGACAAGAUUAACGAAUGUGCCACGAGGGAUGACGGCGCAUUUGGCAUGGACAUGCUACGUGAAAGCGUCAAGCGAUCUGCCAGUGUAUGUUCAACCCUUGAUCCAGCAUCGUCAUGAAGUUACUAAAUUAAAUUUAUCUUCUACAGCUAGGCAUCUCGACGAGUUGCAC